GUUUGAGAUUUGAGUCGUGCGCGCCGAAUGUGUGUAACGGUUUUUCGCGGGGAAAUUUCUAAAAGACUUUUGCUUUUGCCCGAGUGUGGAGGAAAAUUUCGUGGCAAAAGGAAGAAAAAUGGAUGUGACGUAAUGGAAAAAGUGAAGCAUCUGUGAACUCUGUGAAAUUAUGUAGCACGAGCUCAGUCCAAGUUGGGAAAGUCCCGAGGAAAGAACUUUUUUCUCCGGAAAUGAAAUAAACUAAGGAAAAUAAGGUGACUCAAAAGUGAGAGUGUAAACAAAAACAAAAAAAAGUAAACAAACCCUGAAUGAAGAAGAGGAAGAUCGCGUGACCAGUGCCUCAUCGCCAAAUGCUCCUGUGUUUGUUUGUGUUUCUGUGGAAGAUCCUUCGGAACAUGUCGACCAUUUCGGCCACGAUCCAGCAGGAACGGCAGCUGGAGCUGCUCAAGCUGCAGCUGCUCGAUCAUCAGCGGCGCCGGCUACGCCAUCUGCAAAAAGUACACCAACAGCAGCAGCAGUGCCAACUGGUGGCCAAACCGCAAACUACAAACUAUCAAAAACUAAAGAAAAUGGGUCGCGGUCAGGCGGCUAAAGAGAACUUUCUGUUGGCGAGGUUUUUGUUCGGGACCGAGCAGGGCACGAUUCCGGAAGAUGGCGCCGGAGAGGAGGAGGAGCUGGGUUACUUGCCGGGAGGUGGAGGAGAUUUUGCGAGUGAUAAAGACCUUAAAUUUCUUCGUAUGUCAGAGUACCCUCAGAAGCAGCAGCAGUCCGGGAAGUUUGUGUUGUCGCAGCAGAAUCAGCAACGCCAGCAUCCACCUCCACCGCCAUCACCCCUAGCCGCAGCCGCUGCCGCGGGGGUCAUCCAUCAACGCCGUCACCCGCAGCAUCUGUCCCAGCAGAACUCGCCCCUUCAUCGCCGCGAAGGCCGUCGCCCGCUGGCUUCCAACUACUGCUGGUCCUCCUCGUCGAACGUCGCCGGAAAUGGGCCAACUCCGACUCCGACAGCCGCUCCAGCAGCAGGUUCGUUUCACUGCUACUACCCGGAUGUCGUUGACGAUGGGGACGACACGCUAAAGAGCAACGUGCAGAUCGUGCUGGACAAUAUCAACCGCAACUAUCAUGCGUUGCGCGAGCAAAUUCUAAACAAUCAUCAUCAGCAACAACAACAACUACACCAAAAUCAACUCAACAACAACAACUGUAACGUUAGCCAAGACACGAACCAGGUUUUGCUGCAGCGACUGCAGAGCGUUAGUCAGCAACUGAAGAAGGGAACAGCAACGAAGAUGGCGGCGACUAGUCCGGACUCGGACACCAACUGCAAUCCGUACCUGCCGGUUACCGGAGGUUGUGGUGGUGGCGGUGUCGGUAUCGGUGGCGGGAUGCCGCUGAGCUGCUCGAUUGCGUCCUCGCAGGACUUUAGCCACGACUACUCCGACUAUCAGUGGUUCAUGGAUUAUGGCAGCUACCGCGAUGGCAUCACCCACCAGAGCAUCCUGUCGGCGCUGUCCGCGUCCUACAACGGCAUCGGCGAGCUGUCCUACUACGAGGACCUGGCGAAGAACAUCGACGCGAACCUGGCCGAGGUCGACAUGGAGAGCUUCCGCACCGAGGACAUUCACUCGCUGCUGACGACCAACUCGGCCGAGUUCCGGCACAGUCGGCACCGGAACAACAACCGGGGUGAGUCGGGAACGGCCGCCAGCCGGUCCGGGCUGGAGCUGAACCUGGCUGGGAUCGGUGGUCACAACGGGAUGGACAGUUCGGAGAUUUGCAAGAGCGAGCUGCUGUUUUCGCCGGUCAAGGAGUCCCACAUCAGCGUCGAUUCGCUGGACAUGGACGGAUAUCCGGACGAGGACGACAUCAUACUGACGUGCCAGGCGAACAAGAACAACUACACGAUCGCUUUCGAGCAGAGCGCGCUGUACUCGGACGAGAGCUUCUACGACGGUCCCGAGAACUACGGCAAGUACAAGCAGAUGAACGCGCUCAACCACCUGGACCAGCUGAUUCGCCGGAAGGCCCAGGAAACGGCAAUGUCCGUGUCGGAGGUGGGCUACACCACGUGGAGCAAGCUCCGGAACAACGGACCAGGACAAAGAUUCCCCCUGGUGACGGCGGCCAAUCCGUUCAUCAACCAGAUCUCCCGCCACGCCCCGACCUGUUUUGUCCGAAAAAGUCUCAGCAUGCCGGAUUUGAAAGAAAAAUGUGGCGGCACAGCCGGUCAACCGUUGAUCCAGGAACCGCUGCAUGCCUGCCCACCGGAACCGGGUUCGAAUGGGAAAAAUCAGCUCAAUGUGUCGCAGGUUCCGCCCGCGGGCAGUAGUUGUGCCGCGUCGUCCGAGUCGUACGGCAAGCAGAUGCGAACGCUGCUGCCGAUGCCGUCGGAUUUUAACGGAACGAAUGGCGGUGGAAGUGCUGCCACCAGUGCUGACGGAAGCCAGGCUCCGCUGAGGGACUCGAGCUGCGACAACAACGAGGACGACCUGGCGCCCCCCUCGCACCAGCAGCAGCAGCAGCCCUCCUUCAACCUGGUCAAGCUGUUCAUCAAGCAGAAGAGCAGCUCGACGGACACGUGCAUGGACGUUUCGUCGGGCUGCUGGCCGAGCGACUCGAGCGGUGCGUCCGGGUCGGGAACCAAUGCCGGAGCUGAGAACAACAACAACAGUAAUACCAACUUGGCGGUGGCGAGCUCGAAGGACGCGCAGCGCUCGCGGAAGAAGAGUAUGAAUGAUUCCGGGAAGUGUUCGACGCUUGGGCGGCACGAGGAGGAGGAGUUCCAGUUUGACAGUUUGGAUGCGGUUGGGCAGGAUGAGGGGGAGAAGGGGGGAAAGUUGAACGACUUUAACUCGCCGGUUCACAAGAGGAAUUACAAGGCUUACAAUAUGAACAUUGCUGGGAAGAACGUGCCGGCGAUGAAUCCGGUGGUGUACAACUUGAUGAACAAUAAUGGUGGGGCGAGUACCGGAAGUGGAACCAGUAUUACGAAUCAGCAGAACAAUAACAAUAAUAACAACAACAACAAUAGCUUUAAGGACACCAACUCGGAUGCUAGUCGUACGUCGGAGAACUUGACGCAGAUCUUCAACGUGACCCGGAGUAGUCAGGACAAGACGCGGGUUCCGAUUGAGAUGAUCACCAAGUCGAUGCAGACGUCGUUUAUUGGUGUCAAGGAGAAGGUUCGGGUUGUUCCGCCGUCGUUUUUGGACCGGCUGCAGAAGUUGGGAGAUAAGCAGAAGGCGCCGGUCUUUGUGGUCUACCCGAACUACGUUCUGCCGGAUUUGGGCUUCCUGAACUCGUCGCAGCAGAAGGACGGCGUGGUGAUUUCUCCGCUGUCGUUCAAGGAGAACUUUGGAUCGAAGGGAGCGACGACGGCGAAGAAGCCGCGGCCGGUGUCGAUGAACGACAUCGAGAACAUCCGGGCCAAGGAGUACAAGCACGUGCUGGACUGGAAGUCGCUGGUGACGCUGCUGCCGCAGGAGUACCGGAAGCUGUUGAGGAACAUUCCGGAGGCGAACGCCGUGGCGUCGGACGACGCCGGCCAGAAGCCGUUGUUCUGCAUGACGCCGCCGUUGCGGCGUGGCCGCGGAGUCACGUGCGACUGUGUGAACUUGCUGGGGCAGACCCAGACCUACAACAGUAGCAGCAGUGGGGGAAGUUCUAGUCAACCGCCGAGUUCCGGCUAUCGCGGGUCGUCCACGAUGCUGACCGACUCGGAGAUGGACCUGCUGGGGCCGAACGCGAGCGCGACCGGCUUCAGCAACAACAUGUACGUCUACCAGUACGACAGUCCGGCGGAGGUUUCUUCCGCGGAGCGACCGCCCUCCGGCCACCCCAAAGGCAUCCUCCGACGAGCCCCGGCCAAGGCCAAACGGAACAGCAUGUUCGAGGAGAACCAGCGAGUUCACACCGCCGAGAAGCGACGCUCCCUGCAAGAACCAUGCUACAACUUCUCCGACGAGCAGCUCUCGAUCCUCGAAGAAGAUCUCCACCAACCACGCAAGGUCAACAUCCCCAACAUGUCCCAGCACCAGCCCCGUCUUCCCAACACCCCGAAACUUCCCUCGGCCGACGACUACCACCGGCUCAACAAACUCAACGAACUGAACGACUUCGAGCUGAAGCAGGCCGUCAGCAACAAGCUCAACCAGCGGGUCGCCCAACAACAGCAACUCCUUCAGCACGAAGACGACCUCGACGCGCGCAUCCGCGCCGAACACUUCCUCUCCAACGUCCCCAAAUCCGAACUCAAACACUACGCCGAGAUCGCGCACGUCCUCGAGACCACAACCGCCGAGGGCGCCACCGCCCCCUCCGAAGAAGCGUACGACCGGAACCGCCUCCGGCACGAAGUCUCCCGCGCCCUCUCCCAGCGCAAAAACGUCUCCUUCAACUCACCCAACCAACCUCAGAAAACCCCCCAACUCCUGCGACCAACCGAAAUCAAGUUCAGCACGCCGCCCAACUCGCCGAACAUGUCGGUCGUGGGCGCGCAGCGCCCCCCAACCAAACCCACGACCCCAACCGAGGCCGAGCGCGAAAAGCAGGACAAGAUCCAGUCGAACCGCUUCAAGCGCCUCCAGAUCCAGUGGGAACUCCUCAGCAAGGACGGAGCCCAGCUGAAGCAGGAGUUGGGGGCGCCGCGCAGCGGCGGAAACACCCCGACGGGCGCCAUGAAGAGCCGCAUUCCGCGACCGGUCAGCUAUCCGACCACCAGGGCAAACUCGGACCCGAUGGUGAGCAAAACGCUGCUGCGGUCGCCGAGCAGGAUUGUGGCGCCGUCCUCGAUCGGAACCAAGAAGAAGACUGUGGCUGCUCCGCAGCCGGCGCCGAGGACGCCCAGCAAGCUGCUGCACACGACGCCCAAGAAGAGUGCGGCGGGGGUUGCAGGAGGACCGAGACCCGCCACACGCACACGGAUCCCUCUCGCACCGUCGUCGACGCUCAGCAAAACCGCCUCGAGUCCGGCGGUAAUGGCCACGCCAAAGUCCCAACCCGCCAUGGGUGUCGGAGUCAAAAAACCGGCCGGAUCGCCGAUCAUCCGGAAGCCCAUCACGACGACGAGGCCACCCGGCAAGAAACCUGCGGCAGCGACGGCCAAAGCAUGACUGCGUAAGUAAAAUGGGGGAGAGAACAAUAGCGGCGUGAGAAGUUUAUGUAUAGUAGGGUUAAGCAAAUGAGAGAGAUGAUGAGAGCAUGAGAAGAGUGAGAGAGCGAAAGAGCGCGUGGUUGGAGAGUGUAUUUAUUCCUCUCUCAAGUUGUCCGCCAUGAUUAUUAGUGGGCGGAGCAAACAGUUAAGUAGAACAGAACAAUAUCGUAGUAGGCUGCUCCUCCUCCGUAGACGUUUAGUAGAGUAGUAGUGCAAAGUGUAUACAAAGCAAAGAUAUUUUUUGUAUAAAUUUAGGGGCGAGAGAGGGAAAAUCGUUAGGCGAAAAAGAGAGCAAGAGAGUUCCAUUGGAAGAAGGCAAGAGAAGGCAAGCAAAAGUACUGUACUAAAAUACUGUAAAACAUUUAAAGACAACACUCUCUAACUCACACUCACACACAAAAGCGGCAAUUCUAUUUAGGGGAUACUCUUUGUUAGUACUACUCAUACCAACACACAUACAAGCAAAAACAAACCAUAUGUAAAACAUUUACCAAGUAAUUUCCUCUCUCUCUCAAGCGCGCGCACGCGUGGGUGACUCUCUCAUCAAGAGAGAACAAGGGAGCGCGAUGUGAAUAUUUUUUUUUACCGGCUGCUCACCAAUACUAUCAAAAGGAACACGGAGAAAAGUCGUAACGUUAAAUUAAUAACUAAAACAGUUGAAAAAAGAGAGAUAACAAACUAAAGAGAGCAAAAAGUGAAAGAGAGAGAGAGGGAAAGCAUCCAAGCUAAGUCAUUAGAAGUAAGGUUUAUAUAGUUACAAAUACAUAUAUAUACAACACACACACACACACGCUGCAAAUAUAAUAUCCUUUUCAAUGACAUACUCACACACAUGCAGAGAACAAAAUAUCUAUCUAAAACUAGGUUCGUAAGCUUCGUGUAAACAAAAGUUAGGAAAUGUGCUCGAUAGAAUAAAGCAAAAAAAGCAACCGGUGAGAGGGAGAAAGGAUUUGAGAGAGAAAAAGUGUGAUUGCGAUCGCGUCAAUCUAAAUGUUUGAAUGAUAAAAUUAUCAUUUGUGAUCUUUUUUUAACUGAAAAAAUCAU